AGCUGUUGUAUCUGGGUACUAAGAAAAAACAACGCACUCUCUCUCCCCUCUCUCAUUCCUCUCGCUUUCUCGGAAAAAUUUUGCAGCAAAUCCGAUAAUACGAGGGUGAUCAGGAUGGGAGAGAGUGACGAAGGGAUCAGGAGGAGGGGAUGUUCGUGCUCAAAAGACGAUUUUCUCCCCGAAGAGUCAUUCAGGAGCUGGGGCAAUUAUGUCAAGGCGCUCAAAGAGACGCCGUUCCGGUUAAAGGAUCGGGUCCUGACCCGGUCAUCCGACACGUCGGAGCUGGUGGACAUGAAGGCUCGGAGCCAGCAUGAGAUGAAGAAGACACUCAAUUGGUGGGACCUCAUUUGGUUCGGCAUGGGCGCCGUCAUUGGUGCCGGAAUCUUUGUUCUCACCGGUCUUGAGGCCAAAGAAGACGCCGGUCCAGCUGUCGUCUUAUCCUACGUUGUUUCCGGCAUCUCGGCUAUGCUUUCUGUUUUCUGUUACACCGAAUUUGCGGUCGAGAUUCCUGUGGCAGGUGGUUCGUUUGCCUACUUAAGGGUGGAGCUCGGUGACUUCAUGGCCUUCAUCGCCGCCGGCAACAUCAUCCUCGAAUACAUAAUCGGCAAUGCUGCGGUGGCCCGGUCAUGGACUUCCUACUUGGCCACUCUCCUAAACCACAAGCCAAACGAUUUCCGUAUAACGGCCUCCAGCCUCAACCCUGACUACAGCCACCUCGACCUCUUAGCGGUCGCUGUUAUCACCGGCGUCUGCGCCUUUGCCGUCCUCUCCACCAAGGGCUCCUCCCGCCUCAACUACGUCGCCUCCAUCGUCCACCUCAUCGUUAUCGCCUUCAUCAUCAUCGCAGGCCUCAUGAAGGCCAAUACCGCCAAUUACACCCCUUUCCUCCCUUACGGCGCCCGUGGCGUCUUCAAGGCCUCUGCCGUCCUCUUCUUCGCCUAUGUUGGGUUCGACGCUGUCUCCACCAUGGCUGAGGAGACAACGAAUCCUGGCAAAGACAUCCCCAUCGGGCUCAUCGGCUCGAUGAUCGCCACCACCGUGCUGUACUGCCUGCUCGCCAUAACGCUUUGCCUAAUGCAGCCCUACAAACAGAUUGACCCUGACGCGCCAUUUUCGGUCGCUUUUGAAGCUGUUGGUAUGAGCUGGGCCAAGAACCUCGUGGCUCUAGGCGCAUUGAAGGGAAUGACGAGCGUUUUGCUUGUCGGCGCGGUUGGCCAAGCGAGGUACCUCACCCACAUCGCUAGGGCUCACAUGCUGCCGCCAUGGCUGGCCCACGUCAACGAGAAAACCGGGACGCCCAUCAACGCCACAAUCUUCAUGCUUAUUGCAACUUCAGUGAUUGCCUUCUUCACCAACCUCGAGAUCUUAUCGAAUCUCCUUUCGAUCUAGACUCUCUUCAUUUUCAUGCUCGUUGCCAUCGCCCUUCUCGUUCGCCGCUACUACACAACUGAUGUCACAACGAAAGGUGAUCAGUUGAAGUUCACUAUUUUCCUUGUUGUCAUAGUUGCUUCCUCAAUUGCGACAUCGGCUUACUGGGCAGUUAGUGAUGGGUGGAUCGGGUACGCCAUUACGGUGCCCAUUUGGUUGUUGGGAACUUUGGGGCUAUCCCUUUUUGUUCCUCAAGCAAAGACUCCGAAAAUCUGGGGCGUGCCGUUCGUGCCGUGGCUGCCAUCCGUGUCAAUAGGGAUUAACAUUUUCCUUCUUGGCUCUAUUGAUGGGGCUUCGUUUGUGAGAUUUGGUAUUUGGACUGGGGUGAUAUUGGUUUAUUAUAUCUUCUUUGGAUUGCAUGCUUCUUAUGACACUGCCAAGGAGGCUGAGAAGCAGAAGGGCUCUGGGGUUGAAUUCACAAAGGCUGAAGAAGGGGACCUAUCUAUUUCUUAUUGAGUUUGAUAUAUGUUUCUGAUCAAUUCUUAGAGUGUUAGUUAGCUCAGUACGUAGUAGGGAUGUAGAAAAGGUGUUUAAUAUUCAUAGUAAAAGAAGUUCUAUUUAAUUUGGUUCCAAAAAAUCCCAAAUAAAAAAAAAACA